AUGUUCGCGAAAUCGGUUAUCUUGUCCGCCUCUCUGGCUCUUGGAGUCCUCGGUGCGCCUCUUGAAGAGCGGGCUUGCUCUGCUGCCUGGGCACAAUGUGGAGGUAAUGGCUAUACCGGAGAAGCCUGUUGCCUGUCAGGAAAUGUUUGUACCUAUGUGAAUGACUGGUAUUCUCAAUGCAUCCCUGGUACAGCAACGUCGAGCUCCAGCACGCUCGCAACAAGCACCACAUCCACCAGGACGACUAGUGCAACCGGUACUAGUACCCAGAUAACCAGCACGUCGACUACGUCCGUACCUGUCGGCACAGGCACUGCCACAUGGUCUGGAAACCCAUACUCUGGAGUCGAUUUGUUUGCAAACUCGUACUACGCCUCCGAGGUUUCGACCUUGGCGAUCCCUAGUCUAAGUGGCGCUAUGGCUACCGCUGCAGCCAAGGUUGCCAAUGUGCCCUCGUACAUGUGGCUGGAUACCUUCUCCAAGACCCCUCUCAUGAGGUCGACUCUUGCGGACAUCCGCACCAAGAACAGGGCUGGAGGCAACUAUGCUGGCCAAUUCGUCGUCUACGAUCUUCCAGACCGUGACUGUGCUGCUGCCGCUUCCAACGGAGAGUACUCGAUUAUUGACGGUGGUGUUGCCAAAUACAAGACUUACAUUGACACCAUUCGAAACAUCAUUGUUGAGUACUCCGAUAUCCGGAUCCUCCUUGUCAUCGAACCCGACUCCCUUGCCAACCUCGUGACAAACCUGAAUGUUGCCAAGUGCUCCAACGCUCAGAGUGCGUAUAUGGAGUGCACCAACUACGCCGUAAAGCAGCUCAACCUGCCAAACGUAGCCAUGUAUCUCGAUGCAGGUCACGCAGGCUGGCUCGGCUGGCCGGCGAACCAAGCCCCCGCCGCUCAGCUGUACGCCAAAGUGUACAAGGACGCAGGCGCACCCAAGGCCCUGCGCGGUCUUGCCACCAAUGUGGCCAACUACAAUGCUUGGAGCCUCAGCUCAGCCCCCUCAUACACCUCCCCCAACCCAAUCUACGAUGAGAAAUCGUACAUUGCCGCAUUGGAGCCACAGCUGGCCAGCAACGGGUGGACCGGCUGCAAGUUCAUCACCGACCAGGGCCGCUCUGGCAAGCAGCCCACCGGCCAGACUGAAUGGGGCCACUGGUGCAAUGCCAAGGGCACAGGCUUCGGUAUUCGCCCCAGUGCCAAUACGGGUGAUGCCCUCCUGGACGCCUUCGUAUGGGUGAAGCCAGGCGGCGAGUGUGACGGCACGAGUGAUACCAGCGCUGCCCGGUACGACUACCACUGCGGGCUGUCCGACGCUCUUCAGCCGGCACCAGAGGCUGGCACGUGGUUCCAGGCGUACUUUGAGCAGCUGCUCACCAAUGCCAACCCUUCCUUCUUGUAA